UCCAGUUUGAUCAUGGCGUUGGGUCAUCUGAGUCAGUACGCGGCACCUGUGGGAUAACGCAGAGUUACUCCGUCGAGCAUCCGCGCUUCAUCUGCCCGCAGUAGUGCGCUCAUGGUGAGGAACUAACUUGUGACAUCGUUUGAAAUGUCACCGGACAGCUAAGAACUUAUUAUAGUGACGGGAUUUAACCAAGAGGAAAAACUUCGGUUGCCAUGUCUCUCCUCUGCGUGAGAGUUAAGAAAGCCAAACUCCAAGGACCUCCAGAUAAAUUCAACGCCUAUGUGACACUGAAAGUGCAAAAUGUGAAGAGUACCACCAUCACUGUGAGGGGAGACCAGCCAUGCUGGGAGCAGGACUUCAUGUUUGAGAUCAGCCGGCUGGACCUGGGCCUCAUUGUAGAGGUGUGGAACAAAGGUCUCAUCUGGGACACCAUGUUAGGAACAGCCUGGAUCCCACUCAAAAGCAUCUGCCAUUCAGAGGAGGAGGGCUCUGGCGAGUGGAUAUUUCUGGACUCUGAAGUUCUGAUGAAGGCAGAUGAAAUAUAUGGGACUAAAAAUCCAACGCCACAUCGGGUCCUGCUGGACACUCGCUUUGAACUGCCCUUCGAAAUCCCAGAGGAUGAGGCUCGAUACUGGACCGGCAAACUGGAACGCAUCAAUGCUAUGGGCAUUCAUGAUGAGUUUCCCUUACAGGAUGAAGUAGCGGGACGCCCCCUGCCCUGUGCUGCCUCUCAAUGUUCUUUGGAUGACCUGGACAGUGCGGUGGAUGAUAGAGACAGUGACUACAGGAGUGAGACGAGCAGUAGUUUACCUCCACGCUACCAUACUACAUCCCAGCCCAACUCUUCACUUCACCAGUAUCCCAUGGGGCCGCGCUUUCAGCAGCACAUGGAUUCCUGUGCUGACUCUUUGCACAGUUUUGAAUUUGACUAUAGGGAUCACCGUGCAAGCAGCCCUGUGGACUCCAGUCGUUUUGGAUCUUCAGGAAACCUCAGCCAAGCUAGUUCUCAGCUCAGUGAGACUGGUCAAGAGAGUGCUGCCUGUUCAGAGUUAGAGGAGUCCUACCAUUCCUACCACAGUACUGGCUAUCGACCAUCCAGAAAUGGGCAUCACCCUACCAAUGGACAUACAUCCUGGGGGGAAGAUGAGGGAUUGAAAUCCUCUCAAGAAAACGGAAAGGGUAUAAGCAGCACCAUAAAAAAGGAAGUGGUUUCUCAAGUGGACAAAAUGCCUGAUAAAACUCUCAAAGGCUUCAGGGACGAUGGAACGCCUUUGCCAUUCUCUAAAUCCAGAUUGCGCUGGCUUAAGGCAAUCAACAAAGUGAGAGUUCAACUUAAGGAGGGCAAAGAAAAUGGAGAGAAUUCAAGACAUGCUUGGAUCAAAGCUGGAAAUGGGAGUGGAAUAUUUGGAAUUGACAGUAUGCCAGAUCUUCGCAAGAAAAAAGCUAUUCCUCUGGUUAGCGAUGUGUCUCUGGUCCAAGCCAGGAAGGCUGGCAUUGCAUCUGCGAUGGCCUCGCGCUCCUCCAUAAAAGAUGAGGAACUGAAGAACCAUGUGUAUAAGAAAACACUGCAAGCUUUAAUCUACCCCAUUUCUUGUACAACACCUCACAACUUUGAGGUAUGGACGGCCACAACGCCCACCUACUGUUACGAGUGUGAGGGGCUUCUCUGGGGCAUCGCGCGUCAGGGCAUGCGUUGCACGGAGUGUGGGGUCAAAUGUCACGAGAAGUGUCAGGAGCUGCUGAAUGCAGACUGCCUGCAGCGCGCAGCUGAAAAGAGCUCCAAACAUGGUGCCGAGGACCGCACUCAGAACAUCAUUAUGGCCAUGAAGGAUCGCAUGAAGAUCCGUGAGAGGAACAAGCCUGAGAUCUUUGAGGUCAUCCGAGAUGUGUUUGUGGUCAGCAAGGCUAUCCAUGCUCAGCAGAUGAAGACUAUCAAGCAGAGUGUCCUGGAUGGAACGUCCAAGUGGUCAGCCAAGAUCACCAUCACAGUUGUCUGUGCUCAAGGACUGCAGGCUAAAGAUAAGACCGGCUCCAGUGACCCCUACGUGACCGUCCAGGUGGGUAAAACCAAAAAGAGGACCAAGACGAUCUAUGGCAACCUCAAUCCUGUCUGGGAGGAAAAGUUUCAUUUUGAAUGCCACAACUCCUCUGAUCGCAUCAAAGUUCGUGUUUGGGAUGAAGAUGACGACAUAAAGUCGCGAGUUAAGCAGCGUUUGAAGAGAGAAUCUGAUGACUUCCUGGGCCAAAGCAUCAUUGAGGUUCGCACACUGAGUGGAGAAAUGGACGUCUGGUACAACCUCGAGAAAAGAACGGACAAGUCUGCUGUUUCUGGUGCCAUCCGUCUUCAGAUCAGUGUGGAAAUUAAGGGUGAAGAGAAAGUGGCCCCCUACCACGUCCAGUACACCUGUCUACAUGAGAACCUCUUUCAUCACAUCACAGAUGUUCUUGGUCAGGGUGUGGUGAAAAUCCCAGACGCACGUGGCGAUGAUGCCUGGAAGGUGUACUUUGACGAUGUGCCACAAGAGAUAGUGGAUGAAUUUGCAAUGCGCUAUGGGAUUGAAUCCAUCUACCAGGCCAUGACGCACUUUGCAUGUCUCUCGUCUAAGUAUAUGUGUCCCGGGGUUCCUGCUGUGAUGAGCACCCUGCUGGCCAACAUCAACGCCUACUACGCCCACACCACUGCAUCCACCAAUGUCUCCGCUAGCGACAGAUUUGCUGCAUCCAACUUUGGGAAAGAAAGGUUUGUCAAGCUGUUGGAUCAGCUGCACAAUUCCCUGCGCAUUGACCUCUCAAUGUAUCGAAACAACUUCCCUGCGAGCAGUAAGGACCGUUUGCAGGACCUCAAAUCUACAGUGGACCUUCUGACCAGCAUAACCUUCUUCAGAAUGAAGGUCCAGGAACUGCAGAGUCCCCCGAGAGCCAGUCAGGUUGUGCGAGACUGUGUCAAAGCCUGCCUCAACUCCACGUAUGACUACAUCUUCAACAACUGUCAAGAGCUGUACAGUCGCCAAUAUCCUCAGAUCGGAGACACGCAUAAGGAGGAGUGCACCCUAGAAGAUCAGGGCCCAAGCAUCAAGAACUUAGACUUCUGGCCCAAACUCAUUACGCUGAUAGUGUCCAUCACUGAGGAGGAUCGUAACUCCUAUACACCAGUUCUAAACCAGUUUCCUCAGGAGCUGAAUGUGGGAAAGUUGAGUGCGGAGGUCAUGUGGAAUCAGUUCUCUCAGGAUAUGAAGUACGCCAUGGAAGAACAUGAAAAACACCGGCUGUGUAAGAGCGCAGACUACAUGAACCUGCACUUCAAGGUCAAAUGGCUGUAUAAUGAAUAUGUGAAGGAUCUGCCAGCUUUCAAGGGAGUUGUGCCCGAAUACCCCACGUGGUUCCAGCAGUUUGUGCUGCAGUGGCUGGAUGAGAACGAGGAUGUGUCCAUGGAGUUCAUGCAUGGAGCCCUGGAGAGAGAUAAAAAAGAUGGAUUCCAGCAGACGUCAGAGCACGCUCUCUUCUCCUGUUCGGUGGUGGACGUCUUCACCCAGCUCAACCAGAGCUUUGAGAUCAUCAAGAAACUGGAGUGUCCCGACCCCAAAGUCAUGGCCCUCUACAGCCGACGGUUCGCCAAGACCAUUGACAAAGUUUUGCUACAGUACAGUGCCAUUUUGAAGAAGAGCUUCCCGUCCUAUUGUGAUAAGGAGAAGAUUCCAUGCGUCUUGAUGAAUAAUGUUCAGCAGUUGCGUGUCCAGCUUGAGAAGAUGUUUGAAUCUAUGGGUGCCAAACAGGUGGCGGUCAGCAGUAAACAGUUGGACACAGAGGCCAGUGACAUCCUGAACGAUCUCCAGGUCAAGCUGAACAACGUCUUGGACGAGCUGAGCAGCACCUUUGGAAACACUUUCCAGAGCCGCAUUGAUGACUGCAUGCGUCAGAUGGCCAGUCUGCUGUACCAGAUCAAGGGUCCCGUAAACACCAACACCCGUAACCAGGUGGAGGCCGACUCUGAUAACAUGCUGCGGCCACUGAUGGACUUCCUGGAUGCAAAUCUGAUGCUGUUUGCCUCAGUGUGUGAGAAAACCGUGCUGAAGCGAGUGCUGAAGGAGCUGUGGAGAAUUGUGAUGAACAGUCUUGAGAAGACCAUCAUCCUUCCUCAGGGCAAUGACACCUUUGGAAUGAUCUUUUCAGCAGCUAAAGAAUUGGGUCAGCUCUCCAAACUCAAGGAUCACAUGUCUGGUGAAGCUAAAAGCUUGACGCCCAAGCAGUGUGCGGUCAUGGAUGUGGCCCUCGAUACCAUAAAGCAAUACUUCCACGCUGGAGGAAACGGUCUGAAGAAGGCCUUCCUGGAGAAGAGUCCUGAACUGUCCUCGCUGAGACAUGCACUGUCCCUCUAUACCCAGACCACCGACACGCUGAUCAAGACGUUCGUCACUACUCAGCAUGCUCAAGGCUCAGGAGUUGAUAAACCAGUAGGGGAAGUAUCCAUACAGAUCGACCUCUUCACUCACCCGGGCACAGGAGAGCAUAAAGUUACAGUUAAAGUUGUGGCUGCUAAUGAUCUGAAGUGGCAGACGUCUGGGAUGUUCCGGCCGUUUGUGGAGGUCACCAUGAUCGGCCCUCAUCUCAGCGACAAGAAGCGCAAGUUCACCACCAAAUCGAAGAACAACAGCUGGGCGCCCAAAUUCAACGAGACCUUCCAUUUUAUUCUUGGGAACGAGGAUGGGCCGGAGUGUUAUGAGCUGCAGGUGUGUGUGAAGGACUACUGCUUCGGCCGUGCAGACCGUGUGGUCGGUAUCGCCGUCAUACAGUUGCGUGAUGUCGCGCCGAGGGCCAGCUGCGCCUGCUGGUGUCCACUGGGCCCACGGAUACACAUCGACGACACGGGCCUCACCGUCAUGCGCAUCCUCUCCCAGCGCUCGGGUGACGAGGUGGCCAAAGAGUUCGUCAAACUCAAGUCUGAGACGCGCUCGGCCGAGGAGGGGAGGUGAGGACAUUCCUACAGCAGAAGACAACCUCAGACUCUUAAGUGUUGGACGGACAUCAACACUGUCACCUUUUUGUGUCCACACCAAUGUUUAUGCUGCCCACUGACACCCACAGAGAAGGGCUUUCAGCGGCACGAGAGAGGCCAUGUGACAUAAAGAGCACUGUUAGUGUAGCAGUGGAUGAAGGGGAGUCAUCCAGAAGAAGACUGAACACAAUAUUUUUUCCAUAUAUUGAUAUAAAAAAACACACUCACACAUCCAGCCACUAACAAACUAGCAAAGGACUAGUUAGGGUAGAUACCAGAUACCAGUAGUGAGGGAUAGACAUACAGUACUGGGUUGUAUUGUGCCAAAAUUUAGUCUAAUUUAGGUUUUUUUUUUGUCCAUUGGAUAUUUUUUAGAUAAUGAUGUAUAUGGAUGAAUCUCAUAAAAACAUAUAGCUCAAAAAUUUAAUUUACAAUUAAAUAUACAAUAUAAUUUUUUUACAUUAAAUAUAAUUAAAAGAAAAAAUAUUACAUUAAAUUAAUAAAAUAAGAAAUAUAUUACAUAAUGAUUUUUUUUUUAAUUGUACAUUUGGAAUGAUUUUCUUGACUAAGUUAAUUUCCUUCUGAAAAUCUCAUAUUUAUUUAUUAGUAGUUUUACUAAUUGCAAUGGUGAUUUCUGUGUUUUUUUUUUUUUUAAACAAGUAAAUGUACUAUGAUUUUAUAUGAAUAUGACACUUUAUGAUAUAUUAAAAAUUGAAUUAAAUAAUAUCAUAAAAAUUAUUAAUGUAAAACAAAUAAAUGUAUUUCACAAUGGAAAUAAUCUUAAGUUAUUAAAAAUUUACUAAAUAGACUUUUUAAAUUUUAUUUUGGAGUUGAACUUUGACCCAGACAUUUUUAAUGAAAUGCAUCCAUUUUCAAUGUUUUGAUAAAUGUAAUAAUCAUUGCAAAAAGUAAAACAGACAUGUCUAUCCCUCGCAAAUAUGUUUGCAAGAAAAAAAUGGUGUCUAUCCCUGACUUGAGGUCCUUUGACAUCCAACCAGUAGAUGGCGCUGUGAGUGUGCUGGGUCAUUAUUUUGGUAGUGUCUGUUGUAGAAUAGAGAUUCCACAUACAUUCGUGCACUUUUUCUCUGUAAACACCCCUUUUGCCAUGUGUUUAUUGCCUUAUUUUUUUGAUGCUGUGAAUGUGUCAAGUUGAAAUGUAAUGAUUAUGAUUGUUAUGAACGUUGUGGCUCCAGAGACGGUGUUUGUGUCCUAGGGGCCAGAUCUCAUUCACUUAGUGUUGUGGAGUGAUUCGUUGCAUGAAUGAACCAGAAUAACUAAUCCGAACGGACAACUUGGGGUGGGGGGGGGAGUUUGUAGAGAGAUAUCAAAUAUAUUUCACUCCAUUUCCGAGUUAGCUCACAACGUGACGCAUCCGUCAGCCGAAAGUGUGCCUUUCUUACAGGCUUUGUGACCGCUCAGAUGAUGGAUGACCUGUUUGCACCUCAGCCCACUGAUCUUCUGCCUCUUAUGGUCACCAUUCAUUUCAAAAGCGAGCGGUACUUCAGCCAUCCUCUAUGACCAGUAGGUGGCAGCAAUAAUCUCGAGUUCACAUUUACACCUGCUUCAUCACCCACAACAAAAGACAAUGCAGCAUCAUCGGACAGUAUUGAAGCUAAAAAUGUGUGAAUGCUUUUAAUGGUGUGUCGUGUAAUAUUUUUCAAUACUUUAUGUAGUUGAAAGAAAGCGCUGAAAAAUCAGCAUCAGCUGGGGAGAGAAAAUACAAACGUUAACAAAUAUCAGAUCAAGCUCAAAUGUGAUUACUGAUCAAUUAAAGAUGAGUAGAUGUUUUUUUUUUUUUUCAUAGCGGCCUUAUUUGUUCUGAUAUUUUCUAUUUAAAUUAUUUUAACUUUUUUUUUUCUUAAGUAAAAACAAGUCCUUUUUUUCUGUGAAGUCUUGUUGUUACUCCAUUUCUUCAUUUUGAAUGACUGAUUUAUUUUCUUUAGUUGUUAAUUUUGAGGAAUUUUAUACUGUUGUGCUUUGUUUUUCCAGAAACGACUGCAAAAACAAAGAGGAAAAAGACAGUAACACUAGAUUUGUCCCCUCAUAUGUUGCCUGUGCAAAAAGUCUCACCUUGUUAAUCCAAAUUUCAAUGUAUAAAUAUUGUAUUUUUCACGAAACACUGCCAAUAUGUAAAUGUAUGUUGAUAUUGCCAAUCAUUAUUGUGACGGUUGAACCUGUUAUUUAUUUCUGUAUAUUUCUCACUUCUAACUCUGUGUCACUUUAUAUACUGUUACCGUUGUUUAGGCCAGCAGUGUUUGGACUGUAUUUUAGGAGGGAACUGUCACUCUUUGUAAUAUACACAUUCCUUGUGCCAACUUGUGGAAGUUCUCACUUUAUUUUUAAACUCUUGAAACAAUACUGACAAUUAAUACUGGCAUGUAUGGGACUUUACUCAGUUUUACUGAGUUUACUCACAUUUUUUAAGUUAUAUUGGUAUUGUACACAGUCACUGACAAGGAAAAAUGUGUUAUUAAAAUGUAUGUGUGCACACUCCAACAAAUGAAUUUAUACAUAAAGUCUCUUAAACUAAUGCUUUAAGCUGGUUCGAUUUUUAUUUUGUAAAGAAAAAAACAAUUUGUAUGUGGAGUAUUUCACUGAAAAACAUGUCAAACUUUCACUCUCAAAUUUGAUUUCAGUAUGUGGAAGCACAAUUAGAACUACAGCAAAAUUAACGACACACAGACCUACUGCAUGACUUGAGAAGACUUAACAUAUAGCGCACAACCAAUAUGAACUACUUUUAUGAGCUUUUAUAGUGCUUUUUGUCCUUAUUUUAGCAUCUGUCCCCAGUUACCUGCAUUAUAUGGAAAAGAGCAGCAUGAACAUUCUGCUUAACUAUCUUCUUUUGUCAUUCACAGACCAUAAAGGUUAAAAACGUCAAAUGACAUUUUUAUUUCUGUCACACUACACAGGUUAACGUUGUGGUUUGCGCAGUUUCGACACACCGAGCUAUGGUUCUCAUGUGGGAAAUUUGAGUUUUAAUCUGGCAUGCAACAUUUCCCUAUUCUCUACCCUCUGUUUGUUGUCUGUAUCAAUAAAAGAGAUCAUAAAACAGCCCUUUCCUGCAGCUGACGUGUGACAUAGUACGCCGUAAACGCAAGUGUGACCUGUUUUUGUAGUGUUUUGUAAGAGAUCUCUGCAAUAUCUCAGUUGUUUAUCCUACAUAGCAAUUAAGAGUGCAUAGAAGAGCGGUCUACUCUGCUAUGAAUGAGCAAACUCUUGAGCAAUAAAACUCUUCAUAUCUGUCCAAAUUUGACCUACCCUCUUAA